AAGAGAAACACCACAAUGAGUAAACCAGACUUGGUCUACAACGAUGCGGCGCUAGAGGCACCCCCUCCGCCGUACGAACUGCACUCGACUGGAGAUGUUCUUUCCGUGUCGGCGGCCGUUACAGCUACUGGGUCUAUCGAUGUCGCCUUCACGUCGACUGCGCAAGCCGACUUGAGGCAGUUGAUUGAUAGUCAGCAAAAUCGCGGACAGCAAAACGAGCCUCACCCGAGCGCGCAGUCGAAUGAUCUGGGUUCUAUCCCAUCAGGAAACGUUCCUAGCUUGAAUAUCGUCAUCCAGGUCGUUGGGAGUCGAGGCGAUGUGCAGCCUUUUAUAGCACUCGGCGUGGCUCUCAAGCGACGUGGUCAUCGAGUUCGUCUUGCGACUCACGACACAUUUGACAAGUUUGUGAGGGAGUCGGGCAUCGAGUUUUAUCCCAUCGGCGGCGACCCCGCUGACCUCAUGGCAUACAUGGUCAAGAACCCCGGCCUGAUGCCUUCGCUCGAGUCUCUACGGGGCGGCGACAUUGGACGGAAGCGAAGCAUGGUCAAGGAGAUGCUCCACGGCUGCUGGCUAUCCUGCGUGGACGCGGACCCCGCCUCCGGGGCCCCGUUCGUCGCCGACGCCAUAAUCGCCAACCCGCCCAGCUUUGCCCACGUCCACUGCGCCCAGGCCUUGAGCAUCCCGGUGCACAUCAUCUUCACCAUGCCGUGGUGCGCCACCAGGGCCUUUCCGCAUCCGCUGGCCAACAUCAAGCAGAAGGGCAUCGAGCCCGCCAAUGCCAACUGGCUGACGUAUGGUGUUGUGGAUCUCAUGACGUGGCAGGGACUCGGCGAUGUGAUCAACGGGUGGAGAAAGCAGGAUCUCGAGCUGGAACCCCUCAACGCUUCCAUGGGCCCGGGCAUCAACUCGUAUCUGCGCAUUCCACACACAUACUGCUGGUCCCCUAGUCUGGUCAGCAAGCCAGCCGAUUGGGGUCCCGAGAUUGAUGUUUGCGGAUUCUUCAUGCGUGACCCGCCCGCCUACCAACCCCCACCGGACCUGGAAGCCUUUCUAUCAGCUGGUCCUCCUCCCGUCUACGUUGGGUUCGGAAGUAUAGUGCUUGAAGACCCAGCAAGACUCACAGACGUCAUCCUCGAAGCGACGAGGAGGUGUGGCGUUCGCGUCAUCAUAUCACGAGGAUGGAGCAAACUUGGUGGAGACUCUCCCAGCAACCAACACGUCUUUUAUCUGGGAGACUGUCCGCAUGAGUGGCUCUUCACAAAAGUCUCAGCCGUGGUGCAUCACGGAGGUGCCGGCACUACAGCCUGCGGUCUGAGCAAUGGUCGUCCCACUAUUAUCGUACCAUUUUUUGGAGACCAGCCUUUCUGGGCCAACGUGGUAGCAGCCGCUGGGGCCGGACCCAGGCCGAUCCCUCAAAUGGAGAUGACCGUCGAAAGGCUCACCGAGGCCUUGCAGUUCGCCCUGUCCCCCGACGCGACUAGGGCUGCUGCAAUACUGGCACAGAAGAUGGGGCAAGAGGACGGUGUUGCGACCGCCGUGGAAUCCUUUCACCGCUGGCUGCCCCUCGAAAAGAUGCGUUGCGAAAUCGACCCCAGCCGUGUCGCCCGAUGGGAAGUCGAGGUCAAGGGAAAGAGGCGUCUGCGACUGUCCGAUACAGUAGUCACCACUCUGCUCGCCGAAAAGCAGAUCAAGAAGGAUGAUCUUCAUGCCCUAAAAUCCAAGGAAUACAACACCGACGUGCAGCGCUGGGAUCCCCUGAGCGGAGGCGCGUCCUCGACCCUGGGGAUGGUGACCGACUUCACCACCGCCCUGGGCGGUACGUUUAUCGACCCGUUCCGGGCUUACAAGCUCAAGAGAAAGGACGGCAGCAGUGGCUCCGCAGGCGGCGCCGCCAUGAUGAGCGCGGCGGGUGGCGUCGGCUCCAUGGUGGGGGUGGUCACCAAGGGGACGUUGGUCGAUACGCCCUUGGCCCUCGCAGAAGGUCUCCGAAACAUCCCAAAGCUGUAUGGCGAAGAGGUCAAAAACCACGGUCAAGUCAAGGGGGUUGGAAGUGGUAGUGUCGUUGCCGCAAAGAACUUUGGUCAUGGCUUUUACGACGGCCUGACUGGAUUCGUGACCCAGCCUUACAAAGGGGCAAAGGAAGAAGGAGCGCUGGGCUUUCUCAAGGGAGCCGGCAAGGGCACCGCUGGACUGAUUGUGAAGCCGGGAUCAGCAAUGUUGGGACUGAUGGCCUACCCGGCCCAAGGAGUCUACAAGUCUAUCAGGGCGGCACGGGGGCGCAAGGCGGCAGUUAAAAAGUCCAAAUCAGAUUUGCUAGAUUGGAAAGCGCCCGUGUCUGACGUUCAAAUUGACACGAGGCAAGUCUGUAUUGAUUUUGGUGCUCUAUCUCGAGCGUCCAAAUGAGGGUCUAGGCUGGCCGUUGUACAUCAGGUUGUGUAAUAUUUUUGAGAAGUAGGGAAUGGUCUGAACCAAUGAUUUUCGUUUCCAAGGCAUAUGUGUUGCACUGUUGCUAG